AAUCCGAUACAACUACUUAAUUGUUAGUCAAGGCACACAUUCAUUGGUCAUAAUGCAAUCAUCACACUGAAGUCGUUAAAAGUUGAAAGUGAUACCGCGGAAUAAUCAACCCCGAAGUGCAGGCGUGGGCGCGAACUCUAAGUGGGAUAAAUUAAUAUCAACCUCUUGAUAACUCAAAUCCGAUCGAAUUGUUUUUGAUAUCGUCUGCACUGUCUCUGGCAGAGGGUGGAAAGUGUUCUUUCGGGUUCCUGUGAGAACCUUUGCUCUUGUAGGUCCUCCAGAAAGAAAUAUCUCAGUUCAAACAUCGAGUAGUCUACAGAUAGACAGAAGUCAUGAAUUGGAACUAUAUUAGUUUGUUGGGCUGGAUCUUCUUGCAGUUAAUUACUGAGAAUUCAUGUGUUAAAAAUGAGAUCCCAUCCUCAUUGCUGUAUGAACUAAAGGAUGUACACACAAUUGAUGAUCUCAUGAAGGUUAUAUACAUACAACCAAACCAAGCCAAGGAAUUCAUGGGGAGCUCACCGAUUGAUAGACGAAUACCACCGAAGAUGUUGCCGAUCAUCCCUCGACAAUCUUCGGAAGAGUCCGAAGAGGACACUGCCCCAGCAUCCGUCACUUCAUACAAAGCACCGGCUAUGAUGGAAUUAAAUUUCCAGAGCAUGGAUGGUCCAGCGAGUAUGCAAAUGACAUCAAUUGCUGAAAUGCCGAGGUGUGAACCUCGACCAACAAUCCUCACCACAUCCGAUGUCAUAGAUGAAGGGAUAGUUGGAAACGAGGUUGAGUAUGCUAUCUACUGGCCUCCAUGUAUUACAAUUAACCGGUGUGGAGGUUGCUGCUCUACAGAAAUCUUGCAGUGUGUUCCAAAUAAUACGAGAACUAGAGAAAUGCAGGUUCUACGACUGACAGCCCAUCAACGAUCACCUCAAAUUCAAUUGAGCGGUUUAGUAUCAGUCUCUGUACAAGAAGAUGAAUCGUGUUCCUGUGAAUGUAAGGUUAAACCUCAGGACUGUCAUCCAACUAGAGAGAUCUAUAGGAACUGCCAAUGUGAAUGUAAUGUGGAAUACGAGUGCCCGGACGGUAUGAUAUGGGAUGCUACUCGAUGUGAUUGUAUCUGUAAUACUCCUAUUCACGAAAGGACUUGUAGAAGAAGAAAGCAUUAUUUCAACGAGGAUAUUUGUGGUUGCCAGUGUUUAGAACGAUUGCAAAGAGGCUGCCAAUCUCCAUAUGUGUUUAACCCACAGACAUGCAAAUGCCAGUUCACAUCGAGAUCAAAAAGGCGACCAUUUUCUCCCUCAUCGAACUUACCAUGAUCUAAGUACACUUUGUUUGGAAAUAAUUAUGGAUUUAAAUGAAAUAACAUAAUUAUCGUCACUUCUCGUGGAGGAUUUUAGAAGAAGUACGGGUGUUUAUGAAAUAAAAUCGAAGGAAGAUUGAAUGCCAAACCCUGCAAGCUAUCCAGAAAUCACACAUGAUAAAAUCAAAUUUUCACUUUAAAAAGGGCUCGCGGCUUUUUAGAAAUGUCUGCAUGAUCCGCUCUGUUUUGACCCUCAAUAUUUUUGGUUUACACGCUAUAUGAGCAACCUUCGUUUACCAUAAUAGCAUGUACAGACAUUCACAGUUUUUAAUCUAUAUUUAAUCAUUGUUUGUAGUUUGUACAAAACUUAAAACAUGUAAAUUAUCUAUACCAAAUCGUCAUUAUCAUAGCGAGUGCGGUACUAUCAAGAAAUUAUAUAUUGUACUAUAUCAUGUAUAUUGUGUAAAUUUCAUCAUUAUUUCAAAAUAAUUGUAAACAUAAAUAAAUGUAUACCUCUGUUUGGAUGUUACUUGAAUUGUGAUAAAAGUUUGGCUCAUCAUUUGGUUUUCAAAAUAAUCAUGGGUCUAUACAGUGCGUAUAAAAAAGACUUUUGAAAAGUCUAUAAAAACUUGUUUCAAAUUGUGAUGUCUAUAUUUUAAUGUCAAGAGAUGCUCUGAAGUCUUAUCUUACAAAUGCCAUUAAAAAUAAGUUUCGUUCAUGCUUAAGCGAACACGGAACAUUUUUGUCAGAGGUUCAAAAAAAUGCUUGCGCCAAGUGGCAGAAAAUAUUGACGGUAUCUUGCUAAUCGUCAGCAGACUUCCUCUUAACGCUUCAAUAUUUGUCGUAAUUGUUGAAUUGUGCUUUCAAAAUACAAUUACAAAGCAUUAAUUUACCUCAAUUGUUUUGCAUUUUAAUUAAACAUGUUAUUUUUCAUCGUUGAAUAUCAUAAGUAAGAAAAAAUGUUGUCAAUCCAUGCAAGGAGAUUUGUAUUUUCAAUGCGAAAGCGUGUAACUUAUUCAAAUCGUUUUAUUAUGCGAAACAAGGUUAUGGUGCCCUUGAAAAACAUAAAGCCGAUUGUCAAUGGGACAUAGAUUCCUUGAACAAGUUAAAUUGUGUGAUUGACAGGGUACUUGGAACAUUUUUUUAAUAGGGGUUAUGGUUUAAAUUUGACGUGCAAAAAAGCAAUUUCACCCCAAAAUGAAGCUCAAUUUGAUUAAGAGAAAUUUGACAAGAAAAAAAAAAGAUUUUUCUACAAAAGGCAAAUUCUGUUCAAAAUUUGAUAUUAAACAUAUGUAGCAGUUUUUCAGUGGGUGCUGCCUAUGAUAAAUGAUAGCAGAACCUCCGACCCCAACCCCUCCGGAAGAUCUUAUGGUGCUUACUGAGCACCCCCACUUCCUAGGGCGAUGGUGCUUGACAAUGCGCUUAGAAACUGUUGUAUUAAGCGCUAUAUAUACAUGUUAAUUAUUAUU